CGGAAGUUGUUUUUGUGCGCCUGCCUCCUAAAAUUCCUUUUUCCUGCUGCUCUAGAUAGGAGUAACGUGUUUUGCCUAAUUCAGAAAAAUGAGUGUCCCGGCUUUUAUCGAUAUUACUGAAGAAGAUCAGGCUGCUGAACUAAGGGCUUACUUCAAAUCUAAGGGUGCUGAAAUAUCAGAAGAAAAUUCUGAAAAUGGACUUCAUAUUGAUCUGGCUCACAUAAUUGAAGUUUGUGAUGUGUGCUUAUCAGAGGAUGACAAAGAUAUCGAGUGUGUGAUGAACAGCAUAAUCUCAUUGCUUCUUAUCUUGGAGCCAGACAAACAGGAAGGUUUGAUAGAGAAUUUAUGUGAGAAGCUGGUGAAAUUUCGAGAAGGGGAGCGUCCAUCUCUGAGGUUACAAUUGUUGAGCAAUCUUUUCUAUGGCAUGGAAAAUACUCCAGUCAGAUAUACAGUUUACUGUAGUCUCAUCAAAGUAGCAUCAUCCUGCAAUGCUACACAGUACAUCCCAAGUGAUCUAGAACAAAUUCGAAAGUGGAUUUCUGACUGGGGACUCAGCACAGAUAAAAAACACACACUUCUAAGAUUGCUGUAUGAAGCACUUGUUGACAGCAAAAGGAGUGAGACUGCAGCGAAAAUAAUGGUUGAAUUGCUAGGAAGUUACACUGAAGACAAUGCCUCACAGGCUCGAGUUGACGCUCAUAGGUGCAUUGUGCGAGCCUUGAAAGAUCCAAAUACAUUCCUUUUUGACCAUCUCCUUGCUUUAAAACCAGUUAGGUUCUUGGAGGGAGAGCUUAUUCAUGAUCUUCUGACUAUCUUUGUGAGUGCCAAACUUGCAGCAUAUAUCAAGUUCUACCAAAACAACAAAGAUUUCAUUGAUUCUCUUGGCUUGUCUCACGAGCAAAAUAUGGCAAAAAUGAGGCUUCUUACUUUCAUGGGAAUGGCUGUAGAACACAAAGAAAUUUCAUUUGACACAAUACAGCAAGAGCUUCAGAUUGGUGCAGAUGAUGUGGAAGCCUUUGUCAUUGACGCUGUCAAAACAAAAAUGGUGCACUGCAAGAUCGAUCAAACUCAGCGUAAAGUGGUGGUGAGCCACAGCACACACAGAACAUUUGGAAAGCAACAAUGGCAGCAACUCUAUGACAGCUUAAACUCAUGGAAGCAAAAUUUAAAUCAAGUGAAAAACAGACUUAUCAGCAUUUCAGGUUCUUAAAUGGAAACCACACAGCUGCUGAAAAAUAUUAAUGAUUUACAACUAGCAGACCAUUUGUAAAGCAAGACUUGUAUUUUGACAGUAUCCAGUUCUGCAGAAAAAAAAAUCAUAUUUUGAGCAUACCAUCUGAUGUUGACCAUAAUAAAAACUGCAAAUUGCAGCUGAA